AUGCCCGUGUCCGCAUCCAAGCAGAAGCGCCUCGAAGCAAAGGCCGCCAAGGCGUCCUCGAAGGGCGACUCGGUCGCCUCGUCCACCAAGGGGUCCCGGACGGGCUCAAAGGCGUCCACGCCCCUCACCUCGUCCGCCAAUGGGUCCGUCGAGGACCUGUCGUCCAUGGCAAAGCUCAAGAUUGCCACCGACCGCUCUGGCUCGGGUGUCUUGACGUCGGACCCCCAAUCCCGCGACAUCCACAUCGAGUCGUACUCGCUCUCCUUCCACGGCCGCCUGCUCAUCGAGAACGCCGACUUUUCUCUCAACUAUGGUCAACGGUACGGUCUCCUCGGUGAGAACGGUUCGGGCAAGACCACCUUCCUCGAGUCGAUGGCGAACCGCGACGUCGAGAUUCCCGAACACAUCGACAUCUACCUCGUCCGCGGUGAGGCCGAGCCAUCGGAGCAGACCGCGCUCGAGUUCGUCGUUCAGUCCGCCAAGGACAAGGCGGCGCGCCUCGAGGCACGGAUUGAGGAGAUGUCGGUCGCGGACAAUGUCGACGAGGUUGCGCUUGAGAUGAUGUACGAGGAGCUGGAGGAGCUCGACCCGUCCAUGUUCGAGGCCAAGGCCGGCGCCAUCUUGACCGGUCUUGGUUUCGGGCCCGAGAUGAUGAAGAAGGCGACCAAGGACAUGUCGGGAGGCUGGCGUAUGCGUGUCUCGCUCGCCAAGGCCCUCACGAUCCGCCCUCACCUCCUUCUCCUCGACGAGCCGACCAACCACUUGGACCUUGAGGCCGUCGUCUGGCUCGAGGCGUACCUCUCGACCUACAACCACAUCCUCGUCAUCACCUCGCACUCGCAAGACUUUAUGGACUCGGUCUGCACCAACAUCCUCGACCUCACCCUCGAGCGCAAGUUCCUCACCUACGGUGGUAACUACUCGACCUACGUCCGUACCAAGACCGAGAACGAGACCAACCAGAUGAAGGCGUACGCCAAGCAGCAGGAGGAGAUCAAGCACAUCAAGGACUUCAUCGCCUCGGCCGGUACCUACGCCAACUUGGUCAAGCAGGCCAAGUCGAAGCAGAAGAUCAUCGACAAGAUGGAGGCCGCCGGCUUCAUCAAGCCGAUCAUGAAGCCCAAGGACCUGCACUUCAACUUUGAGGACGUCAAGAAGCUCCCGCCGCCGAUCAUCGCCUUCAAUGACGUCGCGUUCUCGUACGACGGCGACAUGAACAAGGCGCUGUACAAGGACCUCUCGUUCGGUAUCGACAUGGACUCGCGCAUCGCCAUCGUCGGCCAGAACGGUACCGGCAAGUCGACGCUCCUCAACCUCAUCACGGGCCAGCUCCAGCCGACCAAGGGCUCGAUCAAUCGCCACCCGGCCCUCAAGCUUGCCAAGUACUCGCAGCACUCGGCCGACCAGCUCCCGUACGACAAGUCGCCCCUCGAGUACAUGGAGUCGACCUUCAAGCCCAAGUUCCCCGAGAAGGACAUCCAGUACUGGCGCUCGUGCAUCGGACGCUUCGGUAUCUCGGGCACGCACCAGACCUCGCCGAUCCGCCAGCUCUCGGACGGACUCCGGAACCGCGUCGUCUUUGCCGCGCUCGCCCUCGAGCGCCCCGACAUCCUACUCCUCGACGAGCCGACCAACCACUUGGACAUGGGCUCGAUCGACGCCCUCGCCCGCGCCAUCAAGGAGUUCUCUGGAGGCGUCGUCAUCGUCUCGCACGACUUCCGCCUCAUUUCGCAGGUUGCCGAGCAGCUGUGGGAGGUCAAGGAGAAGAAGAUCACCGACCUGUCGAAGGAGGACAUUGGCAUCCAACAAUACAAGGCCAUACUCUCUCGCAAUUCCGUGGCGCAAAUCGAGCGCGCGCGUCUGGUCUCCAAGCAACAAGCUGCUUCGUAG